AUUUUUUUUUUUUAAUAUCUGGGCUGAUAACCGUUAUACAUACAUUUCCAAAGAUUCUACAACUACCCUAUCUUGAAUAUCUAUAUUGUGUACGGUUUUUAAAAUAUAAUUAUUACAUUAUCGAACAUUAUUUGAAAUAAAAUACACGAUAUCAUAAAUUCCAACUCUUCAACUUCGGUUAUAAACUUUAUAUUCAUAGAUAUUCGACAUACGACUUUUUCGACUUACGCCUUGCUUUGGGACAUUUUUUCGGUCCCAAAUACAGUCGUAUCUCGGAGGACACCUGUACAGUCUGUUCCCGAGUUACACGGUUCUCGACUUACGCGGAUUCGAACAUGCGCGGUUUUUUUAAUUUGACAGAUCAAAUGUCAAAUCAGUACAAUUUGCUUCAAGUUUGGUAUAAAUUGAAUUUUUGCUAACAAAUUGAAACCGCUUUAAAGCCAGAAAUAUUAGAAUUUCCUGCACGAAUCAUAUAAAAUAAAUGAUAAAGUGUAUAACAACACUAAAUUAAAUCAAAAUUCCAAGUAAUCAAUAGUAUUUUAGUCAAAAAACGAGAAAUUCGACUUACGCGGAUAUUCGAGUUACGCGGAUUCGUCGGGAACGCAGAAACCGCAUAACUCGAGAACAGACUGUAGUAGUUUUAACUAUUUCAUUCCUGAAGUUCAUUAUAUCGGACUUGGAACUGAUCUCGAUCGUGGUCCUGGAACUAUUACCAAAAACAACCUCUAAUCAAUCCCAAUCCGGAAACUGAUGAUGGGGCCCUUUCCGUUUGAAAUUCGUAGGCUGAAAUUUCAGCCUUAGCUGUUUGCAUUGUAUAGCAGUUUUCGAGCAGCUAUCUAAUUGAGUAUAAUAUACAGGUGGGCUUAUCCCAAGGUGUAUGAAUUUAGAAGGCUAAUUUUUAUCGCUUUUGCUUCUGAAUGAAGAUUGUAAUAGUAUUUUGAGUAUUAGUCAAGCCUCCAGAAAGCUCGUUGGAGUAAAAGUUUUCACUCGUUCUGUCAAAAAGUGAUGUUCAAAAUUGGUUAUGAAAAAAUGCUAUGAGACCACCUGGACUUCAUACACUUUGAUUCCAGAUUCCACCACCUGAUCUCUUUAAUGCACCUUGGGAUAAAUGUAAACAACACCGUGCUUUCGAGCAGGUACUCGAAUCUAAUUCUAGCUUUGUGGCUAGAAUAAUCUAGACUGAAAAUUGCAGGCUAGUUUUUUGUGUGGUUUUGUAUGGAUUGUUUACAUGAUUUCAGCCUCCAACUGUCAAACUCCAUACAAAAAACUAACUAGAAUCGUGAAGGCCCCCGAUACUCGUUGUCGAAGAACCAAUCCAUUCCUGGACUAGAAAUGCCUUUCUCCUAAGCAUGGGUAGAAAUUGGAGGAAAAAACUUCAGACGCAUUGACAACAAAUUAAAACAUUGGAAUUGAGAUACACCUCUUUUGUAAAUGUGAAUUCUGGCAGUUUGAAAUUAGAUCGCUUCCCGAUAAUCCUUUUAUCUAAACCGGUUUCCCCCUACCGAUCAAAGCUAAUCCUGCCUGCUCGCUAUAGCAGCUUAAAAUGUUCAUUGGGCAGAACGGGAGCCAGUUUUGUUCGCUGGGUUGUGUCAAAAUGUGUGCCCUUGUCAAGUACGAAGUACGACCAUCACUACCCGCCAUUUUCAGCACUGGUCGAAACUAUCGACACAAGUUAGCCAAGUGCUCUUUGAAUCGAAAAAAUCAAACCUCCUCCAAAAAAAGGGCGCCAACCCUCGCCGCACAGCGCAAUGUGUGAUAAUAACGUGAUCAUCGUGUGGAACGGUUUCUCCGAGCAUGUAUCGGGCGUGUUUCGCACCUUCCGCCACGAAAAGGCCCUGCAAGACGUGAUCCUGUACUGCGAGGGACAGUUUAUCAACUCCCACAAGCUGCUGCUGGCGAGCUGCAGCGAAGUCUUCCGGCGCAUCUUUCUAGAACGCGCCAAUGCGUACCAUCUCAUCCGAUUGGUCGGCUUCCGGUACGUUGACGUGUCCCUGUUGCUGGACUUUAUCUACAACGGAGAGAUGGCACUGUCGCAGAAACAGUUGCCCUCGUUGAAGCAGGCGGCGCUCAAGUUGGAAAUUAAGUCCCUAGCGAACUUGGUCACGUCACCGGAAAGGGUAUCGGAACAGGAGGCGGACGAACAGGAUACGUUGUCUUCGGCCACCGAAACAACGGACAAUAAUCUCGAGGUGACCUCCGCGGGAUAUGUGUCACCACUCGAUUUGAUGGCUGCCGUAGCCACCUUGCAACAGGAGGAGGCGCCUUAACUGAAUAAUGAUUUAUUAUUGUCUUAAAGAAAACCCAAAUUUAAUAUGAUGCUUGAUAAAAGUACCGACAAAUAACAUACACGUACAGGACAUGACUUAUACUUAUAAUACUUUCUCAGUGACAAGAUCAUCUAACAACAUCCGGACAUCCCCUCCAGCUAGAACUUGCCAUUUAGCAUUCCACUUGAACUCCAAAGGGGCAUCAUCGAUUAACUUGAAAGCUCUCCAAAUAUGCCCCGAAGUGCGCUGCAGUAACACGUGUGACGGCAUCCAAACGAAAAGCUCGAAAGGUCCUUGUACUUACGUUACCCUUAUAACUCUCUGUUUUUCAUCUCUUUUCCCGGGUUAGGUGCACCAUCGACACGACAGCCACGUGCUGCUGUAUAUAUAUGUACAGACACAGCUCCUCUUUGUAUUUCACGCGCCACAAAAACGAUCGAAACCGGCAAAAACCCAGACGCCGGUAUCCUUCCUUCCCCCCUCAAAAGGAAACCACGGGUAAGGAGGGGAAGAGAAUUACGCAUCGCACGCCAUAAUUUCGGGGUGGAAAUGUUUUGUCUGGGCCCUGUCUCAGACAGACCGAUGCGAAAGCUCGUAACGCCCUUUUGCUCCCCCGGUGUGGAUGUGUGUGUGUUGAAGGAGGGAAAGUUCAUUGACGUACCAUUUUGGAGUUCGCUUGACAAUGAAAACCAUUUCUUUUUCUAACAUGAUUCUAACUGGAUUGACGGAGACAGGAAGUACGAUGGGUAGCUUCGAGUGACAUUAACCAUUUAUAAUGCAGUAUAUUUACACCAAACAGAGUCCGAGUAUUUCGGGUCAGCUAGCAUCAGGAGAGAGGCGGAGAUGCAUAUAAAGUUAACUGGUCAUUCUGUACAAAAGUGGAAUCCAUUAGCUGAUUUUCUUCAAUCAAUAUGGACAAUUUGUUUUGCUACCUUGAUUUUACAAAACAAUUGACAAUAACGUCACUCAAAUUUAAUAAAUUCAAAUCAUUUCACUACAACCAACCGAUGCGCCUGAACUCUUCGCGUACAAAGUGAAAAAUUGAAAGGAGCUUUUUUUCUUCAACCAAUAUAUAAAAUGUGUCUCGCUAUAUCGACUUUACAAUACCAAUAACCUCACUAAAAUUCUAUCAAAUCGAAUCAUAACAUUUCAAUCAACCUAUGCGCAUGAACUCUUCAGCUAAAUUUCACUAUUUAAAAAUAAAUCUAAAAAGGUACUAGAAACUAAAAAAAAAUCGUCUCGGUCGUCAUUCAAGCCCAUAAAUCAUCCGUGCACGGGGUGCGUCAGACAGCUGAAACGCGGGAGACACGUGCGACAACCGCGGAAGCGCCACGCUGAAGGGUGGUUUGCGCUCCAAAAUCCGUGACCAAAAAGGAAGACGCGCGUACGCAACCAAAGAUGCACUGCGGCAUAAUAAUUCACCCAAGCGAGCAUAUCCACUUCCCUUUCGCGG